CCCAAAAUUUAGACAUCCCUAGAAGCUGUCAUAUUGUGUAACGAAUAAUAACAACUUAAACGGAAAGAAUUAAGAAUAAAGAGAAUUGAAGAGAAUGUCGUGCUCUGGGCCGUUAAAAAGAACAACCGGUUUAACAGGAUUAGCUGUAGCCGCCAAUCCUCAUCAUACGCUAGGAGUUUUGUAUGGGAAAAUUUUGAGAGCCAUACAAAAAAUGCCUGAAAAUGCAGCGUACAGAAAACACACGGAGCAAAUAGUAAAGGAGCGUUCGGAAGUUUUGAAGUGUGUUAAAGACGUUGCUACAAUUGAGCGGCAAAUCGGUUGUGGACAAGUUGAGGAGUUGAUAGUUCAAGCUGAGAAUGAAUUGAUUUUAGCGAGAAAAAUGCUCGCUUGGAAACCUUGGGAACCUCUAAUGAAGCAACCUCCACCAAAUCAAUGGACUUGGCCACCAGCGAAAUAAUAAAGAUGUGGUUUUAAUGAGAAAUUGAGUAUUUAAUAUUUUGGCGGAAAUGAAAUUAGUCAAAUAUGUUAAUUUUAUGGUUAUUAAAAUAAAAAUAAAUC